GCUGAGCGUGUAACGGUAAAACUUUCUCAAUGUGUAGAUAAUAACAUCAGACGCUGCAGUUUACUAGUCUUGCGCUGCUGUCUUUUACAGUGAUUCUGCAAAAUGGAGGAGAUGUGUCUGAAAGUUCUCCCUUUGGAUCCAGUCGACUUGGGCACACAGAGGUGCAGACUGGGCCCUGAAGCUAUGGUAUCUCUCGGACUCAAGAUUGGCUUCCCAGUUAGAUUAAGUCUGUCUGGGGGGGACUGUCUGUGUACAGCAUGGCCAAGAAGUGACUUGGCUGAGGGUUUCUUGCAGAUUGACACUAAAUGUGCUACAAAAGAUUUCACCUCGCUUAUGAACAGAAACCUGCUGGUCAGCCUAAGCCAGAUCAAGGCUGUGACUUGUCCAAAGGUAAAAUGUGUGAGAGUAAACGUAGUUGUACAAUCGGAAGAAUUUAAAAAAAAUUCACCUGUGCAUUUCAUUCAGGAUGUGGUGAAAGACAUGCUGCGAGGCACCUAUGUGUCAGAGCGGCACGUAGUUAAUGUGAGGCACUUGGGAACUCCAGUUCAGUUAAUUGUUAUUGAACGUUUACAUCAGUCCACUGGUGAGACGGGUCUCAUCACCGGUAAAACAAGUAUCAGUGUGGGAGAGAUACAGACUCACAGCAAAUACAUAAGCCAGCAAAAGGAAUUGUCCAGUAUUGCACUGGGAGGAAUGGAGGAGGUUUGUGCUUUGCUAAAAGAAAUGCUAAAUUUGCCACUCAACUAUCCAGGAACAUUGCAAAAGCUUGGCCUCUCCUGCCCUAAAGGUGUAUUGCUUAUUGGGCCCCCUGGGGUUGGCAAAACCACAUUGGUAAGAAGUGUCGUCAAAGAGGUUGGUGCUUCUCUGGUGACAAUAAAUGGGCCUGUGAUUCUUGGGUCAAGACCUGGAGAAAGUGAGGAAAACCUAAGAAAGAUGUUCCAACGAGCUGCACAAGCUUCCCUAGAUGGACCUUGUGUUCUGUUCAUAGAUGAAAUUGAUUCUUUGUGUCCAAAACGGGCUGGUUCAAGAAGUGCCCCCCAAAACAGGACUGUAGCACAGUUGUUAACACUGAUGGAUGGCAUUGGUAGCGUGCAACGUUUUGUCGUCAUUGGGGCAACCAACCAACCGGACACCUUGGAUCCUGCCUUAAGGAGGCCUGGCAGAUUUGACAGAGAGGUCAUUAUUGGUGUUCCAGUGCUUAAUGAGAGGAAAUCCAUUUUGGACUCCUUAACUUCGAAGAUGGCUCUGUCAGACAACGUGGACUUGAUUGCCUUAGCAGAAAUGACCACUGGAUAUGUAGGAGCUGACCUGAGUGCCCUCUGUAGAGAAGCAGCUUUGAAAGCCAUUUUCUGGAGCUCCCAGGGUUCCCACGGUCAGACAGUAGGCAUGGAACACUUUCUUGAGGCCUUCAAAAAAGUCCAGCCAUCCUGUCUCAGGAGCAGUAUUGGCCUGACCGAUUUCAAACCUAUCACUUGGGACCAAAUAGGUGGUUUAGAGGAAGUCAAGUUAAAGCUGAAGCAGAGUAUUGAGUGGCCCAUGAAGUUCCCGGAGGCCUUUGUCAGGCUUGGUCUAUCACGCCCACGUGGGAUUCUAUUGUAUGGUCCCCCUGGAUGUGCCAAGACCACUCUGGUGAAGGCUGCUGCUGGCUCUUCCCACUGCACAUUUCUGUCAGUCAGUGGGGCAGACCUCUUCUCACCUUUUGUUGGAGACUCUGAAAAGGCCCUGGCUCAGCUUUUUCGCCAAGCCAGAGCAUGUGCACCCUCCAUUUUGUUCUUGGAUGAGAUCGACACUUUACUGGGCUCCCGUGAGGACAGCAGAGCACCUCACAGUGUCCAGGCUAGAGUGCUCUCUGUUCUUCUGAAUGAGAUGGAUGGUGUGGGGCUGAAGACUCUGGAGAGGAGAGGAACAGAGAGGCAAAAGUACCUUGCAGAGGGCUCCAGUGAUGUGAAAGAGGAGCAGCAAAUGGAAUACCAUGAAGUCUGCAACAAGGAUGUGAUAAUAGUGGCUGCAACAAACAGACCAGGUGUCAUAGAUAAUGCUCUUCUGCGACCAGGAAGAUUAGAUAAGAUCAUUUAUGUGCCACCCCCUGAUCUAGAGGCACGCCUGGCCAUUCUGAAGAUUUGCACUGAGAAGAUGCCACUGGAGGAGGAUGUCUCUCUGAAAGAGCUGGCAGAGGAAACACACUUGUUUUCAGGGGCUGACUUGGAGAAUCUUUGUAAAGAGGCAGCCCUAUUGACCCUUCAAGAGGAAAGCAUGGAGGCAUCCACAAUAAAACACCAGUACUUCCAGAAAUCACUCCAAAGUAUGAGACCUUCCCUCAGCACCCAGCAAAUAGAACAUUAUCAACAUCUGUUUAUGAGCUGAAUGCUGUGCAUUAUAUAUAUUAUUACAUGUAUUUGCAGUGUUAAUUGCUGGUUUAACACCAUAUAAAAUAAAAGCAAUUAUUUUAUUGUUAA